GCGACAUUCAAUUUUAGCAAGUGAGUAAACGAGAGACUGGAUAACAAGUGCCUCGUUUGUUUUAAAAAUGCUCAAAAAGAAGUCAAGUAGUACUGAAAAGAAAAGGAAAUACUCGCAGCCCGAGGAACGACAUGACAGCAAUAAACGCAGAAGUACAGAAACCAAUGUGGAGCAGGACUCCAAGGAUGAACUCGCUGACCCAGAGCUGGACAGGAUUGGCAGUGACAUUGAGGAGGGGGGAUUGGACCUCAGCCUGCCAUUUCAACCCAUCACUGCAUAUGUCACUGACAAGCGGGAGAUGCUAGAGCAGUGUUUCCACGUGCUGGGGGAGAAGAAGCUACAGAAGAUGCUGCCUGAUGAACUCAAGGACUGUAUUUUAGAGGAAAUCAAAAAGCUGUGUUGGGAGCAACUGGAGCCAAUAUCAGAGAAAAAUCUUAUCCGGAUCUUAGCAGGGGAAGAGCUGACAUCUGGAAAUGGGGAUGAACGCACAAAGGAGACCUUGGAAAGCCAGCAAGACAAUAAUGUAGACUCUACAUCUUGCCUCAAAGAAACAGCAAAAACUGAGGACCCUAAGCAAGAGGGUGGUGGCUCAGGCGAGGAGAGCGAUGUCCUAAGUAUAAAUGCAGAUACUUACGAUAGUGACAUAGAGGGACCCAAAGAGGAGCAGACUGUUAAAGCCGCGGACGGGGCAGUGAAACCAGGGGACAGCAGUGGGGAGAGCGCUUGCCCAGCUUUAAACCGUGAACCAGCAGAUCCCGAGCCUCCCACGGGCUCUCAACCAGUGGAAGCAAAGAAAGACAUUCAAAGCGACAUAGACAGAAGCGUUAGUGAGAUUUUAGCCUUCUCAUCCACUUCAAGUAAAGAGGUAGCUAAAGAAGAGAGUGCACCACCGCAGUCUGUAGAUGUCACUUUACCUGUUCAGGGUGGACCUGUUUCGAGUCGUGCACCUGCAGCCUGUCAGCCGUCCAUUCAACAGCUGGAGCUUCUGGAGUUGGAAAUGAGGGCUAGGGCCAUUAAGGCUCUGAUGAAAGCAAGUGAUGGGAAAAAGCCCUCUGUGGCGAAAAACGUUUAGCAUGGUUCAUUGUUAUGUUUUGCAUGGUUUAAUGGUUUUAUACACUUGAAAGAACUCGGUUUACAGAUGGUGAAUUAGGUUUUUGAACAAUUUACAACAUAGUUCAGUUUUUUUUGUUUUUUGAAACUUUCUGUAUUGUAACAUUCAAACCAUGUUGUUCGAUUACUCCAUAUUGGAAUGAUAUUACAGACCGUUUAAUGCCAAAUUAAACACAUAAAGACCUGUUUUACUCCUACUCUACUCUCAGUGUCUUCUGGGAAAUGCUGAACAUAAAGACAAUAUCAAAUGUAGUUUUUCCCUUGGGCACUAGAUGGCAAUAUUACUCUGCUGUAAUAAAUCCAAGGGGAGAGAGAGAGAAAUGAUUUAUUUGCCUCCAUUACAGUAAAAAUAGUCUUGAGCAGCAUGAAAGUCAAGUUUUCCUAGUAAUGAUGUUAUUUAAUAAUUCAUUUAUUCAGUUAGGGCAAAAAUUGGUUUUGCAAUGGCAGAAAUUCUCGUUGAGCCAGUGUUAGAGGAUGUGAGCACAUCAGUGCGAUAUGUUAUUUUGUAUGUAGGCUGAGCUUGGCAAGCCAAAGCAGGUGGCAGCAGUGUUGUACUGUCAUUUAGACACUUGCAGUAUUUCUUCACUGAACACCUGUUUCACUUGUCACGCUGAAGCAUGCAUAGUAAUACCUGCCGUCUCUUUCAUAUUUGCAUUUUCUAAAUGGUUGGUAUAGAUUACUCUAAAAUGGAUAUCUGUUUGGCAAAGGGAACAAAAGCCCUUCUUGUGGCCUUACAGACAAACUACAGUGAAAUCCAAAACUAAAAUGAAUCUAAGAUAAUUAGACCAGCUGCCCUCGCUCAUACAUCUGCCAGUUUUAUUCACGAGAGUAAGUUUUAAAUUAAUUUUUGCUUCGUGUACCUCUAUGCAGCAGCUAGAACUAAUAGCGUACUCUCACCUAAUAUUGUGUUUUUGCUGUAAUUUAUUCUGAAGUUGCUUUGUUCCAGUGUAAACUGUAAGGUUGCUGUGUGUGUGCAAUUACAUGCAGAUGCAGAGCAAAACAGCUCUCUUCCCCAAAAGAGACAAUGAAACGUACGAUAAGAAGCCAGUUGCCUCCUGGGUAUUUGCAUUUAAAAGGGUUAUUUCAUGGGCAAAGUGAGGGUGGGGAGGGUUAAAUGCAUCUUUCUUUAUGCAUUUAUGUGCAGGUAUCUUUGUACUCAUUGAUGAUUUCAAGAGGGAAAACGUCCACUUUAGUAAAAGGGAUGCAACGAUUCUAAAGUGCUCGUGGUGUCUGUGAUUAGCGAGUAUUUAUCAGUGUAAUUUUACUGCUAUUAGAAUGCCAAUUAUUAUUAUAGUAUGAGCGGAUAAAUGGCUUUUAAAGCAGACCUCAGAAUGAGUGGGCUGAAAAUUGGAUUGAUGGAAGUGAGAUGAAACUUGUUGAGGGAGUACUUUUUGAAUUCAAAUGAACCCGAUGAACCUUGUUAAAAUAUUGAGGUAUGAUGCUUCCAUGAAUGGUGCUAUUAUCAAAGUCAGAAACAAAGUUGUGCAAAAAGUUGUACGCACCGGUUCAUCUGUUUAAUAGCCAUGCUCGUCAUUUUCCUCAGUGUUGUGAGCCAGCCGGUAGUUAGCAACUCUCAUUAAAGAUUGAAAAAAAUACUGUAUUCCUCUAAAAUGAUUUCUUGACUUUAUGUCUAACUUUUAGUAUGUAACAAUCUCGUAAAAGCUCAAAGAGGUUUGGGUUCUGCUUAGGAAACAUUGACCACAAUGUAAUCCCCUCUCAUGUGCUAGAUGUUCUGGAAGACUUCAUAUGCCACAUACUGUGUGUAUGUUGGAUGUAGAAAGGAAUUGAUAGGUUUAGUGCACUUUAUAUUGCGAUAAAUACAAAAUGGGUCUUGAGAAAGUUGUCUGCAAUCACCCCUCCGUGUAAGACAUCAUCAUCGCUGAUCUGCAAAGUUAAGUUUUCUAGAUGGAAUCCCCUAAAAUGUGCUGCAGAAAGAAGUGAUUCUGCAUUUAGUGUACUGUAUGUCAACUGUUGUAUAUGCUCCUUAAAGAGUGCUCUAUAAUUGGGAAGUUAAAAUGCAGUAAUUGUUGCAGUGGCCCUUGAGAACAACACGCAUACGGGAGUCAAAAUGCAAACAUUGGGAGGAAUGCGCUCCAAUCCAGACUUGCUACAAACCUCAAAAAGCAGGGGCACAAACAUGAAACUCUUUGAAAGCACAUUGCACAAAUGUACAGCGAAAAAGACUCUCACAGCAUGGCUCUAGGAAUAGGGAUGUCAGUUUUGGUCUGUCUUUGAGUCUGUUGGUCCAACUUUUUGGGCCACUUUGAUUCCUGUUAGAAUUCCAGAGAGUCCACAGAGAAUUAAUAAUUUCAUCCUCUUACUUCUCUUCCAGUUCCACCACCAACGUAUUAUUUCAAAUUGUCCAACAUUUUAGUUCUUGACAAAACAUGUAGUUGUACGCAGUAGUAUUUAAGUAUUUAAGAAGGAUUAACUUAUGCAAACAUAGUAAAAUCUCCAUGUAAAAGUACUUAAUGAUUAUUAGAAAAAUUUACUGAAAGUAUCAAAAGUAAAAGUAGUAAUGCAGAAUGCAGUAUUUGAUUUGUUAUUGAUGCAUUCAAGUACAAACAGGACUUUAAUGUUGUACCUCUUGAGACUGAGCAAAUAAUAUUUGAUAAAAAUAUAAUUUUUAUGUAUAAUCUUAGGGUCUGCACAGCCGUAGUCCACCUACGUUUAUAUUGCCUAAUUAGUGCUGUGUUGAUUAACAUUUCCCUCACGCUUCUGCUGUUGAUUUGUACCCAUUGGGGCAGGGGCAUCUUACCCAAUUAUCAUUCUUAGUGCAUAGAGUUUGCUAGAAUCAUGUACAGUAAUUGCCAGCAUAGCUCCACCUAACUUACACCUGACUAGAGAUAUAAUCAGACACAGUGGUUGAAAACAACUGCGUGGGUGUUCAGAGCUUGUUGACAUAAUUGUCAAACAAAUGUAGUUGGGUAAAAAGUAUUUCUCUCUGAAAUGUAGU